GGUCCGUUGCUUCUUGCUCCUUAAAGCUGAAGCCCGUCUCUUUGUUCUGCGAAUGUUGGGAAAAGAAGAAAGACGUAGCAAGAAGAGAACAGUGUCUGUUUUCUUGUAGCUCUUCUUUUUCUUUGAACAAAUCCAUGGUCAAUUUGAUGUGGAAGGCGGCAGAAUUAGUUUUUUCUUGGUAACAAAAAUGGAGGUGCAAAUUUCGACAACUGAAACAGAGUCGCAUCCUGAGACGGGAGAUUCUUUAGAAGGUUUUGAUGAGGUGAAACUUAAGGAAUUUAUUGCUCAAGGUAAAUUAGACUUUGAUGGAUGGACUUCGCUUAUUUUAGACGUUGAGAAUUCAUUUCAUGAUGAAAUAGAGAAAAUAUGUUUAGUGUAUGAUUCCUUCUUGUUUCAGUUUCCUUUGUGCUAUGGUUACUGGAGGAAGUAUGCUGAUCACGUGAUACGCUUAUGCACCAUUGACAAAGCUGUUGAAGUCUUUGAACGAGCUGUGCAAUCAGCAACAUACUCUGUUGGUGUUUGGGUUGACUAUUGUGGCUUUGCUAUUUCAGUUUUUGAAGAUGCCAAUGACAUUCGUAGACUAUUUAGAAGAGCCAUGUCCUUCGUUGGAAAGGAUUACUUAUGUCAUACCUUGUGGGAUAAGUAUGUUGAAUUUGAGUUUUCUCAGCAGCAGUGGAGCUCCUUAGCUAAUGUUUACAUCCGAACUCUGAGAUUUCCAUCCAAAAAGUUACAUCGUUAUUAUGAGGGUUUCCAGAAGCUGGCUGCCACUUGGAAAGAAGAGAUGCAAUGUCUGAAUGAUUUGGAUUUAGAAUCAGAUCCCAAAGUAGAAAAUGAAGUCUCUACAUGUUAUACUGAUGAGGAAAUUUCUUGUGUCAUCAAAGACUUGCUGGAUCCUUCCACUGGUGUGGAUGGUACUAAAGCACUGGAAAAAUACUUGUCAAUUGGGAAGCAAUUCUACCAGGAAGCGUCUCAGUUGGGUGAAAAAAUACAUCGCUUUGAGACUAGCAUUCGAAGGCCCUAUUUUCAUGUGAAUCCACUUGACAUCAGUCAAUUGGAGAACUGGCACGAGUAUUUAAACUUUGUAGAGAUGCAUGGCGACUUUGAUUGGGCUGUUAAACUUUAUGAGAGAUGCCUAAUUCCAUGUGCUAAUUAUCCUGAGUUCUGGAUGCGUUAUGUGGAUUAUGUGGAAAGUAAGGGUGGAAGAGAGAUAGCAAACUUUGCAUUGGCCAGAGCAACACAAAUUUUUCUGAAGAGAAUGCCGGUGAUCCACCUUUUCAGUGCUAGGUUUAAGGAGAAAAUAAGGGAUGUUUCAGGUGCACAUGUAGCACUUGCUGAAUAUGAGACAGAAUCAGAUCUCAGCUUUGUUGAAACUGUAUCAAUAAAGGCCAACAUGGAAAAACGUUUGGGCAAUUUUGUAGCAGCUUCUAAUACAUACAAAGAGGCAGUGGAAAUUGCUGCUGCAAAGGAAAAGUUUGACAUUCUUCCCAUAUUGUAUAUUCAUUUUUCUCGACUACAAUACAUGAUCACCAGUAACAGUGAUGCUGCCAGAGACAUCUUAAUAGAUGGUAUCAAACAUGUGCCUCAUUCCAAAUUGCUUUUAGAGGAAUUGAUAAAAUUUGGAAUGAUGCACGGAGGGCAUAGGGACAUACAUGUGUUAGAUGCUAUAAUAGAUAAUGCAAUAUCUCCAGGGCUCUCUCAAGGUAUGAAUGCAGAAGAGGCAGAGGAUGUAUCAAGCUUAUAUUUGCAGUUUGUUGAUCUUUGUGGGACCAUAGAUGAUAUAAGAAGAGCAUUAAAUCGGCACAUAAAAUGUUUUCCUGGCUCCACAAGGAUGAGCACGUAUAUGUUCUCAGUUAAUGGUAUAAAACCUAUACCUUUGAAGAUGACAUCUGGUGGAAGACAAGAAAGCCUUGGUGCUUUGCCUUCCCAUCCAUCUGGAGGUGGAAGUUUUGACAUCCCAACUCAGUCACCAUCUCUAGACAAGAUAAUGAAGUCUCCAGAAAAUGAUGAUACCCAGCUUACUCAUGCUGUGGACUGGGUUUUGGACAAGAAAUCACCAAGGCAGGAAAAUCAUGAAAUUCCUUCUGACAAGGCUACAGUCAACAGGCUUCGAUCAGAGGUUGAUGAAAGUUUGCAGGAGGGAACGCAGCAAGGUUCUCAAGAUGUUUCAAAGCAGCUCAGAGAAGAUAUAAAAGCUAAUACUAAUUUGUCAUCUCCUGAUUUAAUACAUGAAGUGACAAAUGAAGUUGAAGCACUACAAACUUCAGAAGAAAAUUCUAAAGAAAAUGAUAUCAAGCAAGAGCAUGAUCAUAAGUCGGAACAAGAUGUAAACCAACUCUCACUGGAGAGACUUUCGUUAGAUCAUCUAGAUCAUAAGUGUUCAGAUUCAAUCAGAGUCGCAAAUCAGGGGGGUGAAACUUUUGUAGAAACCAGGUUAUCAAAUGGAAACAUGGUGAAAAAAGAACCUCCUCAAGAAACCAGCAUGUGCUAUGGAAGUGUGCCAGAGGAUGGUCAAAGUAAUGAUGGACAUCACCUGGUAUCCAGCCCAAGGAGUGCUCAACCAUCUGAUUCUACUGGAAUUCAAACUGAAAUGGCCAGUCCUUCAUCUUUGGCAAGUCAGCAGAACAUCAAGAAAACAGAGCCACCUUUACGGAGGACACCUCCUUAUGGUGGUGGAAGUUGGCAUCAAAGGAGUAAGGUUGACAGAGUUCAUAGAGAAAACAAACUUGGAUUCCGAAGGCAUUCUCAUAAAAGGCUGCAACAAAGGCAGCAGAUGUCCCCACAAAGGCAGUGUCCACGAAGUGACACUGGCACACAAGUGCCUAUGAGUCAAGGUUACCCCAGUCAACCAAUGUCUUCGCUGAGCCCACAAGUUCAACAGGGUGGCCAAACACAGAGUCAGUACUCCACAUCUGCUGCUCAUCCUAAUUUAAUAACAGCCCAUGGCUGGUCUAUGCAUAACAUGCAACAACAGAAUUUUGUCCCUAGUCAGUCUCAACUACUUCCUCAACCUGCUUAUCCUCCACCACAGAUCUCUCAACAUCCCAUGCAAAGUAAUGAGCAGCUUGGGCAAAUGCAGAAUAAUCAAGCAUAUAAUCAAAUGUGGCAAUAUUAUUUCUACCAACAGCAACAGCAGCAGCCAUUUCUUUUGCAGCAACCCCAUAAUCAACAGCCUCAGCCCCAGCAGCAGCUUUUACAGCAACAGUAUCAGCAACAUCAGCAGAUGCUACAAGUGCAACAGCAAUAUCUUCAACAGCAACAAUUACCCUAUCAGCACCCACAGCUGCUGCAGCUUGAGCAGCAACACCAAUUUGUUCAACAUCAGCAGCAACAUCUGCAACAGCAGCAGCAGCUGAUACAGCAGCAGCAACUACAACAGCAAGGCUCUUAUGCGCAACAACUUCCACCACAAAAUCAUCAUCUUUUCUUGCAGCAGCAGCAGCAAGAAAAAGAACAAAGACAACAAGAAGAGCAGAUUGCAACAUCACAGGUUCAGACAUUGAAUGACUCAAGCAAAGAGGAAUCCAUGAUGGAACCAAGGGUACAGACAAGAUUGCAGGGCCAAGGUACCUUGUCUCAUGGAACUGAUGCGUCUAAAACUGUAUCAUCUGCAGCAUCCCCAAAUUCCAAGCAAAGAUCUUAUACAAGCUAACUGCUGAUGCCAUCUCAUAUGGUAGGGCAACACGUCUAGGCGUCAGUCCAUCUUCAAUGGUUAUAGAACUUGAAAUUGAUUUACGUGAUCUGUAACUUUAGUUUUGCUUAACAUGAAAGGUUCCCGUUAUAUACUUUUGUGUUCUGUUGUAAAUAUCACAACCUGUAUAUCGCAUUUUUUUAAACUUCUUAAAAA